AUGAACGCGUCUGAAACAAGCGUCGGUAUCGACAGCCCGAUGGAGGACGACGCAGUACGCGGUUCGCUACAGUGCGCGCUUGUUAAGGUGAAUGAAAGUCUGGAAAUAAGUGUGCCUGCCGCUGACACGACAUUUUUUGAUGAAAUUCAAAUGUCUCAGGCAGAGCUCCAUGACUUUUUGCCCAGCGUUACUGCUCACAGCCGCAUUCUUUGCGAAGUAGCCAAGAGUUUGGAGUGUGAACUUGACCAAGUCUCAGAAACAGUAAAUAGAAAAUGUGCAAAACUUUUAGAGUUGCAAAAAGAGAAAGACGAACAAGUCAAAGAAAUAAAAGACCUCAAAGAUUCAAACAAUCUUUUGCAGGAGCAGGUCAGAAAUAUGGGAGGAAACACAUCGGCAGCGAUGGGGAGUCCCUAUGUUCAACCUAAUACAGUUCGCAGCCAUUACGCAUGUCUCAAAGACAGAGAAGCUGAUCAUUUUAUUCAGACUGGGCAUCAUUCAAGCCGAACGGUCAAAUCAGCAAGAUCGUCUCGAACGUCCUCUCCGGCAUAUUCCCAAGAAUCGAUCAGUGGUGAGACUUCUUCUGUUGCGUCAUAUAAUAGUAGGACCAGGCCAGUCCGUAGUGAUAGGGUGGAUGAUAUGUUCACAGUUUUUCGUGAAGUUUUCAAGGCCCAGACGGUGGCAAAUGUUCCUAAAUAUGACGGUAAAAAUUCUCUAACGGAUUUCCUGCGCGCAUUAGAGGUUAAAUUCCCUUCUGCUCUAUGGACGGAUUCCGAUAAACGAGAUAUCCUUGUAAAUCACUUAGAGGGAAUAGCUCUAUCUAUUUACAAGGGGUUGCCACAUGCGGUUCGGGAGGGAACCUAUGAUGAGAUUGUCAGUGCCUUGAAGAUGGCCCGUAGAAACCCUUGUGAGCGACUGAAAAAUGUACGAGAGUGGGAACAGCUUUCAAAGAGACCAAGCGAAUCGGUAGCCGAGUUCUGCUGUAGGAUGGAAGACUUGUCCCGAAGGAUACAUCCUAGCUCUGAAAUGGAUUUCAUAAGGGGGUCCAAAUUGUACUCCUGCUUGCAACACUGGCAGAAUUCGUAUCACAUGUUGGCUGCCCUAGAUGUCCCAGAUGGUAACGUUUACACAGAGGUUAAGCGGGUAGCCAUGCGGUUGGAAAAACUGCAGGUUGAUGCUAUUCCGUCCUACGGCAGGCACCAGGGACGUUUUCAGAAAAGGGUCGUUGAUCGGCAACCGAUUGAACCCCAAAAAAUUUUUCCAGCAAGUGGGGCUGGUGACCAGGCAGGAACCCGACCAUUUGCCAAGCCCUUUUGCAAAUGCAACAUUUGCGGCAGGAAAGGCCAUGUAGCAACGGAUUGCAGGAGAAAAGAGAGACCCACAAACCACAGUUACCGGGAAAACGGUCCCACUGAUGGAUUUAAUAGAGCGCGGAAUAGCGCAGCAGACAGGUGGUGUAAAUCGGUUCAAACAAAAGGGAAAGGAUUAGAACCCCAACCCAGAGCUGUAGGUAAGCCAAGUACUUGCGAAGUCAAAAUUUUUGGCAUUACAGCAAAAGCGCUUGUGGAUACAGGCUCGGUGAUUUCGAUUGUCCCGGUAGGUCUGCUCAAGCAAGUGCGAGAGCAAGGCGCAGAUCUUGAUGCCAAUGCUUGCAUCGUAGGUGAUGGCAAGCAGCGAAAACUUUUUGACGCAUCAGGGAAUGCCAUGAGUUUCCUUUCGGAAAUAAUUGCUGAAGUGAUGGUAAAAGGAGCUGGUACAGCUUCUAUUCAUAUGCACGUGCAACAAAGUAAGGACAAUACUUUACUAAUAGGUACGAAUGCCUUACAAGAAUUGGGAAUAUCCAUAAAGUUAUCACCGAAUGUCCAUGAUAGGAUGGGGGUGGCAGAAGUACAUUCCGAUACGGCCUAUGCGGAUAGCAGGGUAGUCGUACUGCCAGGCAAGGUUGCUACUGUGCAAAUUCUGCAGCGAAUUCCCAAUGGACCAUGCGUGUUCUGGUCGAAAAAUCCUCGUAUAGAAUCGGGUGUAUGCCAAGUUAGUCAUGGCAAGGCCAAGCUAUCAGUCAUAAAUCAAGGCUCUGAACCCUGGGUGAUAGGUAGAGGCGAAGAUCUUGGUAGUUGGUCAGCGGAAACUUGGGUUGACCCAAGGACAGCAGACAUCCCAAGUGACAUGAUGGUCCUCCAUCAGCCUGCUUUACUGAAAGAUUCUGAAAGAAUCCAUGCCCUGGUAGACACACUGAAUAGAAAUCGGAGGGCUGGAAGCAUGCCUGAUGAACUUCGUGCAGUAAUUGAAGAAUACAGCGACGUAUUCGCUAUUUCGGAUGCGGAGCUGACACAAAAACGGAUUUGGUGA